AUGAGCAUUGUUCUCUACAGGGACAGCCAGGUGAGGGUGAUGGAGAACACCGUGACCAAUGCCGAGAAGUACUUUGGCCAGUUCUGCUCGCUGCUGGCUGCCUACACCCGCAGGACGGCUCGGCUGCGGGACAAGGCUGACCAGCUUGUCAAGCAGCUCACCGACUUCGCCAACACCGAGAACCCAGAGCUGCGGGCCACCGUGAGGAGCUUUGCCGAGGACCUGGCCAAGGUGCAGGAUUACCGGCAGGCCGAGGUCGAGAGGCUGGAGACCAAGGUCGUCAGCCCCCUGAAACUGUACGGGGCGCACAUCAAGCAGACACGGGCCGAGAUCAAGAAAUUCAAACAAGUCCAGAAGAACGAGAUCAAACAACUGGAAAAGCUGGAGAAACUGAGGCAGAAGUCCCCUUUGGACAGGCAAAUGAUCGCAGAGACCAGUGUGCAGAGGGCCUCAGCGGAUGCCAGCCGCACCACCCACCAGCUGGAGGAGAUGAUCGACACCUUCCAGAAGCAGAAGCUGAAGGACCUACAGAAAAUUUUUUCAGACUUUGUCACCAUCGAGAUGGUCUUCCAUGCCAAAGCGGUGGAGGUAUAUUCCAGCGCCUUCCAGAUCCUGGAGAGCUAUGACCUGGAGAGAGAUCUGGAGGCACGGAGGGGAAAAGCCGCCCUCCGCCACGGCCAGACCCUGCCAAGCACGCAGCAGACGGUGGUCAGGGACUGGAGGAGUCCAUACCGGCGGCGUCCACACUGCCCAAAGUCAGCCGCACUCAGUGUGGCCCCGAUCGAAGUCCGAGGCGGCUUCCAGGAACAACGCACAAGCCAGACGCGGGUGGAGCCCGAGGAGCCCGCGGAGCGCGAACAGCCAGAGCAGAGAGGAAAGACCAAGCCGCCGCAGGCGCCACGCUCCCCGCGCCACACCACGCGCGCGUCUGUAGCCAGCAGAGCAGCGCAGCUCGGCGGGGUGGACGCGGCGCCCGGCGGCCAGCCAAGCACCCACCGAGCACGGGGCCACGCCUGUCGGCCCAUGGCCGAAGCCACGCGGGACACGAGCUCCGGCCACCGACUACGAGCGCCCCGGGUCCGCAUCCAGCCCUUCCUGCCCCCGCCGCGUCCUCCCGAGACUCGCCUCUCAGCCGACGCCGGCCAUGCGCGGGAUGCGGCUCGCUGA